GGAUCAGUUCUCCAGUGCGUACAGUGCGACUUGAUGACCGCCCACUUGUUACUCACCAAUUGAUCAAGAACGCACGUGAAGUGGACAAAUGGUGAUCACGCAUUGAGACGCACAUGGUAAUAGACAGUUGGACCGCCGUGGAUGGAUACACGGAAAAGUUAUGGAACCCUAGCAAAAAGGAAGAACCAUCAGAUCUGUGUUAUGUAAUCACAAAAAAAGUCUUGUGGAUUAUCAACAGAUGGAUCAAUUUAUAAGGAUUAUUCUAGGAAGAGAAGUGGACCACCUAGGAUGGAAUGUUAAAAGGAAGGAUAUACUUGGAGAACCUUUCCAGGCUCCAGCUUCAUAGAUGACUGGUCAUCUGCAGUGAUGACUUUGACAGUGAAACCGAAGAGGAAAUACUCAAAAUCUUUCCUGAAAAAUCAAGCUCCGCAAAAAAUACCGCCUAUGUUCGAGGCUCGGUGACAUGAUGUCCUUGCCCUGCUCCCUUCCCCCUCUCCCUGUACUCUUCCUCUUGUACCUCAUCCCUUCUUUGCUCCUUUCUCCUUCCCUUUCUCACUCCCCUCUGCGCUGGACUUCUUCUCAGGACCCCUGCUACCACCUGGAUGGGCGUCCCAGGCACUGCCUGUCGGAAUUCAUCAACGCUGCGUACGGUGUUCCAGUGCAUGCCGGCGAUUCCUGGGAUGGGCUCAUGAAAAAUGUCAGCUCUCUCACAGACCUCCACAAUCCCCACAACCUGACCUGCUGGGUGGGGGUGGGAACUGGGGGAGAUUGGACCUUGAUGGUGCCCCUGGGCCGCCGCUUCGAGGUCACCUACAUCAGCCUGCAGUUCUGCCAGCAGGGGGAGCUGCCGGACUCUCUCUCCAUCUCCAUCCUCAAGUCCAUGGAUCACGGGCGCAGCUGGAGCCCCCUGCAGUUCUACUCCACGGACUGCCCAGGAAAAUUUGGGCAUCCGUCCCGCACCUCGGCCCCGUCUCGCCACCAGGAAACUGAGCCAUUCUGCUCUGAUCCCCGCCCGUUGCAGAGGCACAGAGGGGGGCUGGUACUUGCUUUCUCCACUCUGGAUGGCCGCCCCUCCUCCCCGGACUUUGACUACAGCCCGGUGCUUCAGGAUUGGGUGACUGCCACGGACAUCAAAGUGGUGUUUCACAGCCACCAAAGCAAACAGCUGAAGGAUGAGUUUGGCAGGGGUGGGGGCAAUGCUUUGAGGUGGAGGGCUGGGUCUACGGGUGUAGGAAGAAUCCAGACAGACAGGAAAGGAGACCAAAAGACUUGGGGGAGACCACGGACAGGCUUGGUUGAACCAGGCAUUGGCAGGAAAGGAGGGGAGUUAAGGCUAGGGGGGCAAUCGUUUAGUGAAAAGGAAGCACACGUAAAAAAGACAGGAGUUAGCGGAAACAGGAGAGGGGAAGGGAUGCAUAGAACCUGGAAGAGGAGUAACAAACAAAGGACAGGACAUGCAGAAGAUGGGCAUAAUGUGACCAGAAAGGAGGAGGAGUCCCAGCAGAGGGGCGUGGCCUCCUCUAGAAAAGGGAGGGGUGAAGGCAAGCGCCGUGGCUGGAAGAGAGGUCACCAGCGGAGGAUGUGUGAGGGCGGAGUCUGUGACUGGACUGUUGAGGGAGAUGGGAGCUCCAGAAUGCGGGAACUGAGGAAAAGGAGGACCAACAGUUUGAGUGUUGUGACACAGUCAAAACAGAGAAGCAGGGGCCUUCAGCAAUCCCCGAGACCUCCAUCCUCCUUCUCCCCCCUUUCCUCCCUCUCCUCCCUCUCCGCUCCGUUCUCAGGCCCUCCCCUCUCGCUCUCAGACCUGCAGGUGGGCGGGCGGUGUAAGUGCAACGGGCACGCCUCCCGGUGUCGGCGCGAUGCUCAGGGGCGAGCCGUGUGCCAAUGUGAGCACCACACUGCCGGCCCCGACUGUGACGUGUGCCAGCCGUUCUACUGCGAUCGGCCCUGGCAGCGUGCCACACCCAACCAGCCUCACCCCUGCAUCCCGUGUGAGUGUAACGGUCACUCUUCGAAGUGCAGGUUCAGUAUGGAGGUGUUUCAGCAGUCGGGACGACGCAGUGGGGGCGUGUGCCUGAAGUGCAGACACCACACCGCCGGGCGCCACUGUCAGUACUGCCAGAACGGCUACACCCGGGAUCACGGCAAGCCGAUGACUCACCGCCAGGCCUGCCGACCCUGUCAGUGCCAUCCGAUGGGGGCUGUGGGGCGAUGGUGUAACCAGACGUCGGGGCAGUGUCUGUGUCGGGACGGGGUGACGGGGGUGAGGUGCAACCGCUGUGCCCCUGGGUACCAGCAGGGGCGCUCCCCAAUCAGACCCUGCCUCCGAAUCCAGGAGGUAGUCCCUACAACACCAGUUUACCAGCCCCAGUACAGCAUAGCUGAGGAGUGCAAUUCCUAUUGCCAGCCAUCCCAGGUUAAAGUGAAAAUGAACCUGGAAACAUACUGUUUGAAGGACUAUGUAUUAAAGGUGCAGGUGAGGGGAAUGGAGCGUUCUGGUCCCUGGUGGCAGUUUUCUGUGUGGGUCCAGACCGUGUUCCGUGUCGGGGAGUCCCGGGUUCGGCGGGGGCAGCAGGCCCUGUGGGUGCCUGACCGGGACCUGGGCUGCGGCUGCCCCGCCCUGCAGGUGGGACGCACCUUUCUGCUGAUUGGAGGAGAGGAUGGGCAGAGCUGGGGUCCGGAGGACAGCCGGCUGGUGGCGGACCGUUCCUCGCUGGCUCUACCGUGGAGGGAGCACUGGAGCCCCAAACUAAGGGGGUUCCGGGGGCAGGACAGGAGGGGGCGCUGCCCCAUCGACCCCCCAAGGAAUUCCACUCGUUCCCCUUCCCACUGGCGCCCCCACAAGGAGUUCACCCCUCCACACCUAGUGCCCCCGCCCUCAGAAUCCCUGCCCCCACGCCCGCACCCGCCGCCACCCACAGAGACUAAACUGCUGCCUCACACACACAACCCGCGCGACUCACUGAAGCCUCAUCCCACAGAGGAGGGGGGGAGCCCUCCACACCAACAAACAGAUCACACACACUCUCCGCUGCAGGACGAGGGGGACCCACAGCACCCCAUCAGCAGUGUGCCGUCCCCGGACACGCCUCUCACCCCUCCAACACAGCAGUCCCAUCCCAGACCCAAACCUGCACACACCAGGAAGCAUUCCCCCGUCAUACCCACCCCCACACAGCCGCUCCACCCCCCACACUGACAGCACAGCUUAGGGGGAGGAGGAGAAAAGGGGGGGGGGGGGGCUCAAUGUCAUGGCAGUGUAGCUGAGUGACCUCACCCCCCAUUGUGACUCUAUGUGAGGCAGGAACACUGUGGGGUAACCGAUGACUCGUGGAGCUCUGUCCCCAUGUGGGCGUGCCCCCUGCCCCACGGAGACAGGUGAAGCUGCGCUGCGCGUCUUAAAAUGCUCCAGGGGUUAUUUCUGACUUGUCGCCCCCAGCUUUCGGAAUGAACUGCACUUGUAACAGACGUGUCCCGUGGCAGGUGAGCAAAGAGAAGAUGGGGGUGACCUUUGGGACUCUGCAGCUAUUCCUGACCUCGCGGUACCAGAAUAAGGACAGUCAAGGACAUAGCGUUCGUUCCCUUCCUUUACUAAUGCUGCUUAUACUGAGCUGAAGGCCUGAUGACGUGGAUUGCAAACGUUGAAAACAGGACGUUGGGAGAAACAGGGUGGCUGCGUUCACAGAAAUCAUACCAAACGAAGUAUCACUGUAUAGUUUAUUAGCCUUAUUCUGUCUUAAUUACUUACACAUGUGACAACAUGAAAAGGGAGUUGGAUAUCUGGGUCUGGUAUAGAGUUUUUCAGCUUCCAUCAGCUAUUAUAUUCCACAUAAUAAAACAUUUAUAGAAAGGAGGGAGUCUUUGAAAGUGUGCUACUGAUCUCCCUGUGAUCGUACCAUGGAGCUGUGAGGAUACAUGCAAGAAGGAUGCUGCCAUAGCUCUUUAGCCAUUUUAUAAUUUCUCUGCUGAAAUGCACUGUACAUUAAAAUGUGAUGAGGUCAGCAAACAAGAACUUAAUUACUAUAAAAUCUAUAUUUUGUUAUUUAAUUUCAUAUAUGUAUUUAUCACUUUAUCCCAAAUCAAUAGUUCAGCAAUUAAUACUGUGUAAAUUAAAAUGAUACUAACAGUUUGAUACACGUAAUUAUUAUUAUGAAGUCAGAAGGGUAAUUUCUUAAUCCCAAAUAUUAUGACCCCAUUGAUCUCUAGAAUCUGGUUUUCUAGCUUUCAUGAAAUAAGGUAAUCCCUUAUGGCAUUAGAGUACUUAGUUAAUGGAGAGGUGUGCCCAUAUGCAGAGAGCGCUGAUGGUUCAUGAACACUGUUAGUGUUUGCGUGGCUGUGUCCCUGCUUGGCUGAGUGACUAAAGACAGAAAGGUCAGAUAUUUGCAAGUUAACCUCGUAUCGAUUGCUCAGACAUAUCAAGUAGAUGGCUCUCGCAGGGCUGAUGGGCACAUUUUCUUUUACAAUUAACAAAUACCCUGGAUUUGUUUUCCAGAGAACAAGCUUUUGUACCCUUUAAAAGCACCCAAAGAAGAAGACUUUUUCUUGUUACCCUACUGUGAUUGUAAAUGUUCCCCGUGUUGUGUAGUUGAGUCAGCCAGACUGACACAUCUAAAAAGAGCUGGACCCACACAUACAAAACACACACACACACACACACACACACAGGCACACACACACAUGCAUGCACACACACACGGCCCUGUAAGUGGUCCAAUGACCUGGUCCAUACCAAGUGAUACUUGGGGUGUGUUAGUCUGUGGAGAUACAGGAGUUCAUGUGAACCUGAAGAGGAAAGCAGAUGUGGAAAAUCAUGUAUUCAGAAGUGACCGUUUUUUCCUGUGUGGUUGACCAUCCCUAUUGUAGCCCUUGUAUGAAAAUAAAUAGGAAAAAAGCCUGA